AUGGUGCAACUCACACAAUUCGUUUUGGCAACCGCCGCCUUCGCUGGUGUUGUAUCUGCAGCUCCCAAGCCGCCUCCUCCAAGCAAUGUAACCGUCAACCCUUGGACUGGUAAAGACCGCUAUGUCGUUCAGAGUUAUGGCAAGAAACUCGAGCAGACCAUCGCCUCCUUCACGGCCCAGAACGAUACUCUCAACGCUGCGCGCACUCGCACCGUUGCUCAGAAGAUCUCAACCUUCACUUGGGUCACUACACGUGAUGGCCUGAGCCUCAUUCCUACUGCCAUCAAGGAAGCUCGUAAGCAAAGAAAGGGCGGAAAGAAGAUGAUUGUCGGUCUGGUUCUAUACAACUUGCCCGACCGUGACUGUUCCGCUGGCGAAUCCGCUGGUGAGCUCAGCUCCGCGAAUAACGGCCUCCAAAUCUACAAGAAAGAAUUCGUGGACAAGUACGCAAAGCUAGUUUCUGGAGCCAAGGAUCUUGACUUCGCCAUCGUUCUCGAACCGGACUCCCUGGGUAACGCCAUCACAAACCAGGGCAUCCCUUUCUGUUCGACAGCCACUCCAAUCUAUGAGGAAGGUAUCGCGUAUGCAAUCUCCAAGUUGCAGUUCCCCAACGUACAUCUGUACAUUGAUGCUGCGCACGGCGGCUGGCUCGGCUGGGCAGACAACCUGAAGCCCACCGCUCAGAUCUUUGCGAAGGUCGUUGCCAUGGCAAAGAAGCUCAACCCCGCAGCUAAGAUCCGGGGCUACUCCACGAAUGUGUCUAACUACAACUCUUUCCAAGCCAAGGUACGCGAGAACUACACCGAGUACUCGCCAUCUUGGGACGAGAGCCAUUACGCCUCGUCGCUUGCUCCUUACCUCGAGGCUGAGGGCCUGCCAUCCAACUUCAUCAUCGACCAGGGCCGCGUCGCGCUCCCUGGUGCUCGUGCGGAGUGGGGUGAGUGGUGCAACGUGGAACCUGCUGGAUUCGGCGCCCUUCCCGGUUCCAAGCAGAACAACCCCAAUGUCGAUUCUCUUGUUUGGAUCAAGCCCGGUGGCGAGAGUGAUGGAAAAUGUGGCCUUGAUGGCGCGCCGGCUGCUGGCGCUUGGUUCGACGAGUAUGUGCAGAUGCUGGUAAAGAACGCCGAUCCACCUCUUGAGCCGACCUACCUGGGAAAGCCACCCAAGGGCCCUAAAGUUUAG